AUGGCAAUCCCAUUUACUGACCUGACCAUUGUUGAACAGCAAAAAGAAAACAUUCAGCCCUUAAAUGAUGGACGAUCAGUCUCAAAGCUAGCCGAGAACUUUAAAAACGCAACUAAUUCUAUGACACAUUACAAACAAGACCAGACAAGGGAAAGAGAUGCCUACGAAAAUCAGCUCAAAAUUAUUGCAGAACUAGAUGAUCCUCUUCAGGUUUUUUUGGACUAUAUAAAUUGGACUCAUGAUAACUUCCCUCAGGGGUCAAGCUCUCAGAGUGGAUUAUUAACAAUUUUAGAAAGGUGCACUUCGUGUUUCAGGGACGUCUCCUACUAUAAAAACGAUCCUAGAUAUUUGAAGGUAUGGUUAGAAUACACAAAUUACUCUGAUGCUCCAAGAGACAUAUUUGUGUACUUGGCAAAGAAGCAGAUAGGAAACGAAUUAGCAUUAUAUUACGAAGAAUUCAGUAGGUAUUUAGAGUUAAGUGGAAAAAUGGAGGAUGCUAAACAGAUCUACGAAUUAGGAAUACAAUCAGAAGCACGGCCACUUCUAAGACUAGAAAGGAAUUAUAGAAAUUUUUUGGAAAGGCAAGCCACUGGUCUGACCUCAGCCUCUGAAGCACAAAGAGCUGGCCUUGCAUUAAAAAGAGGAGAUGCUAUCUUCCCGACCGCCGAAGAUAGCCAUAUUAGCAAUCCUAGAAAGAAAUCAAAAAUGCAAAUUUUCAAUGACGAUUCAAAUGAGGUAGGAAUUUUACAGUCAAUAUUUAACGAAUCAUCAACUGAUAGUAAUGAAUUGGGUACUAUAAGGUCAAGGAUCAAAGAGAAUGUGAUCUCGGCGCGGCCCUGGAUUGGAGAACAAAUAAGACAAAAGGGAGUUAUAGAAAAGAAGCUUAAGAUCGCCGUGUACAAAGAUGGACAAGAGAUUGAUAAGCGUGACGUUAAAUCAAAGGACUUUGUAGAGGAUUCUAAUGGCAGCGUAGCUACUGUUAUAUCGCAACCGGGAAAGACUCGUGAGAAAGUUCUCAUUAAUAUGGAGCUCAUUUACCCUAAUAAUGAUGAUGAGUAUUCAUUGGACGAGAUUUUGGGCUUAACUAGGCAAGUUUCGGCGCUCAAUUUCAAAAACAAGGAUGUCAACAUGACAGAGUCAAAUUCUAACGAACACGAAAGCUAUAUAGAAAAAAAUCAUACGCUAACAAUACCACUCAAGGAUGACAAUGAUGAUGAGACUUUUCAUGGUGACAGGCAGGUACCCAAUUCACCAACAGUCACAAUGGUGUCGAAAAUGUCGGCGAAUGAAGUAAUUGGAAUGUUCAAUAAUGCGGCUCAGGGCCUUACAACUGAUGACGAAGAGGAAAAGACAGAUACAGAACACACUGGAAAUUACGAUGGAUUUGUUACAGAGACUAUCUAUCCCAUAAAUGAUGGACACGUUUCUGAAAACGCCAACAAAUCCCCACAGAUAUCAUCUCCUAAUGAAACUGCUGCUCAAGGUUACUUCAGCUCGCCGUUCGUAGAAGAGCCACAACCAAGGGAACUUGAGCAAAAGUUAUUCAAUCCUUUGGAUCCUAUUUUAAGACAAAAUCUUCUAUCCAAUUUAUCAAUUCCAAUCGAGGCGUAUGUUGGUUAUCUUGACUUUGGAAAUAUUAAUAUCAAUAAGUUGGAUGGUAUAAAUGAAUUAACGAACAAACACACAAGAAUCAUAGCAAAGGGGAAGCCUGGUUCAAUAAUUAACUAUUUGGGAGAUGAGAGUUUUUGUCUUCGCUAUGAGUUAGGCAGAGGUGGAUUUGGAGUUGUGGUAUUGAUAGAGACAGAAACUGGAUCUUUGAAGGCUUUAAAAAUUGAAUCACCUUCCUCUAAAUGGGAAUUUUAUAUCCUAAAACAGAUUCACCGCAGGCUACAAGGUGAGCUCUCUCUGAUGUUCGUUAAGCCAGAAGCACUAUAUUACUUUUCUGAUGAGAGCUACAUGAUCAUCGACUAUUGUAAUCAAGGGACAAUAUUAGACAUAGUCAAUCAUUAUUCUAAUAAAGGAUCCAAUGUGGACGAAGUACUAUGUGUUUUUUUAACUGUGGAGCUUUGCAAAGCGGUGGAGGGCCUACAUGGCAUUGGUAUUAUUCAUGGUGAUCUUAAGGCUGAUAAUUGUAUGUUGAGAUUUGAGUCGAUAAAAUCUCAAUGGAGCGAAAACUAUUCACGUCUAGGAGACUUCAAUUGGUCAGCCAAGGGAAUUACUUUGAUAGACUUUGGAAGAGCGAUAGAUGUUACCCUUUUCGAAGACAACGUCAAGUUUAUCAGCGACUGGGAGACUGACGAGCAGGAUUGCCCCCAAAUGAAUAAAAAUGAACCUUGGAAAUACGAAGCUGAUUAUUACGGUCUUGCAAGCGUAAUUCAUACUAUGCUCUUUGGUCGAUACAUAGAAAUAUGUGAAUUAGAGGAUGGCACUACAAAGCUUAAGGCAAGUUUCAAAAGAUAUUGGCAACUGGACCUAUGGAACGAUUUAUUCAAUCUCCUUCUCAACCCAUACUCUGACUCUUCUUAUACUUCUCAAGCACCUAUAAUUGAUCAAUUAAAAUUGCAGAGACAAAGAUUUGAAUCAUGGCUAGAAACAAAUGCUGGAGCAAAGAGAUUGAAAAGUAUAAUUGCCGACCUUGAAUAUGAAUUAAGUGAACUGGAGAAGGUAUUGUUGCGCGGCUGA